GACGUCUGGUUCCAUUCACCACCACUGUGAGCUGUUCCUCCCAUUUAAACGUGUAGAAAUGUUGGUCAAGUUCCCCUUUAAUUAUGCUCCAGAGCAAGUUUACAUCCAGCUUGUUUUGGAUGUAUGUGGACAGCUACUAGGAGAAGAGGUGAGCCAGGUGUAACCUGAGAGCACUGUGAGGUAACACACACCUAUCAAACACACCUUUAAAGCACCUGUUAGCUAGAUCGGGUGUUUGUAGAGCAGCAGACGAGCUGAAGCUGCUUGGACGGUUGAGGAAGUCCCCGAAUAUUACGGGUUGGGAUUGUUCAGGGAUUUUGUGGGCGUGACGUCGGCGUGACGUCACGGGAGUAGGGGCCGGGAGGCGGUGUGUGUGUAUGUGAGUUUCGGUAGAGAGAGACUGAGAGAGAGAGACCUCAGUCACACACACGGCAGAAAGGACUCAGGCUGCGCGGUGUUAGUCUCUAAACCCGACACAGAGAGAGAAAAGAGCCCGUUUUAAGAGUCAGGCUGGUCUUUAAAGUGUGGUUUUAAGUGGAAAAGAGCCCAGAGACCUUCCGUCAGCUCCUGCCUUCCGAGGAGAAAGAGUGGACUUAAGCGGUUUCGUUCACGGACACCUGUUUUUAAGGUUUUUUUUUUAUUUUAAUUAAAAACCGAACUCCUGUUUCGGCGUUGAAAACUCUUUUUUUUGAGGCACCAUGCUGUGGGACUCUCCUCUCAGCUCCACGGGACUCCUCGGCUUCGGCUUGGUCUUUCUCCUCAUAAUUCAAGGCUCGUCGGUUCAGCGCGUGAAGGUGCAGCCGGAGGUGGUGUCGUAUCCGGGGCAGGACGUGACCCUGCGGUGCCAGUUUCCCAGUCCAGGCCAAACUCAGCUCACACAGGUGUCCUGGAUUUACGAAACGGCUGCUGGGGUCCGAACCAACAUCGCAGUGUUUCAUCCAAGCUUUGGAAUUAAUUACCCCACGUCCCCGGUGUCUGGCCGUGUGAGUUUCACGAUUGACCCACCCCAGCUGGAAAGUCCCACCAUUCAGAUCACAGCCAUUACGAUGGCCGACGAGGGAAGGUACAUCUGUGAAUACGCCACUUACCCCAGCGGGAACGAGCAGGGCGUCACCAACCUCGUCUUACUAGCCAAGCCCUCGAACAACGCCUCCACAGUAACCGUACAGGCCGGCUCAGCCGCGGUCGUCGUGGCCCGCUGCGAGUCGGCCAACGGGCGUCCAGCGGCAACCAUCAGCUGGGCGACUUCGGUGGGUGGCAACGGAACGACCCUGACGAAUACAGAGAACUCGGACAACACGGUGACGGUGAAGAGCGAGUACUGGCUGGUGCCGACUCCGGCCGACAACGGCAAAGACAUCAGCUGCGAGGUGUCGCACCGGACGCAGUCCAACCCGCAGACUUUCCCCAUGAAGCUGGUGAUCGAAUAUCCUCCUCAGGUGCAGAUCGUGGGAUAUGACAGUAACUGGUAUUUAGGGCGCACAAACGCGGUGCUGACCUGCCAGGCGCAGGGGAACCCUACUCCCACCACCGUCACCUGGAGAACGAUGUCUGGUCUGAUGCCGGAUACGGUGCAGAUAAAGGAGAACAAACUGACCGUGCCCAAAGUGGAUGAGACGGUGAACGCCACUUUCAUCUGCGAGGUCAGGAACAGCCUGGGCACAGGAAAGGACCAGGUCAGCGUGAUGGUCAGGGAAGCCCGUAUUGCUGGCCAAACCAACACUGGCGUAGUCGCGGGCGCCAUCAUCGGCGUCCUCCUCGCCCUCCUAUUGUUCAGCGCGCUCACCUACGUCCUGGUGUCUCGCAACCGCCGGCAGCAGCAGGGUUACCGCGGCAACGGCAAGGCGAAGGCGGAGCCCUACGACUCGGUGGCCCGCCUCUUCGGCUCUGGGAGCAACAAGAACGGCACCAACGGCAACAAUGGCAAUAACAACACGCCCAUUUACCGAGGGGAGCCGGUGCUUUCAGAGAAGGCGGCCAAUCACAGCAUGCACCCGGGGGGCGUGGCCCUGCUGGAGACCACUCCCACUGCUCAGGACAUCCUGCUGAGCAGGGAGUUGGACGAGGCGGAGCGCAGGAAGUUCGACGAGCUGGAGGAAGAGGACGAAAGGUACGAUCACUUCACGGCGGGCGGAGCCAUCCUACAGCUCCGCCCACACAACCAGGACAUAGACGCCGGUUACCUAGACGACGACAUGGAGUCGCAGAGGGACGGAUCCGUCAUCUCGCGGACUGCCGUCUACGUGUGAGGCGGGAGGAAAGAGGGGGAGGAGGAGAGCGAGAUGAGAUGGGUGGAGAGAAGGACGAGUGGACCUACUUCCAAAGGAUACCUUUUUUGUUUUCUUUCUUCUUUUAAGAUUUAUUCAUUGCUUUUAUUUCUUAAAUGAAUAUGAGACAGAAUUAAUGGAUGGAUGGAUGGAUGGAUGGAUGGCUGGAUGGAUGGAUGGAUGGAUGGAUUCAUUACUUUAUUUGGAUAAAGGACGGUCACAGGAUGGAGGGAGUGGAUGGAGAGCGCAGACUGGAAAUAAAUGAAGCGUUCUGUGGCUUAACUUCCUAUUUACAGCGAUGGUCGUCAUGGAGACGGACUUUAAAUGUGCACACCGCAUCAUAUGUAACGCAUACGUUGACAAUGAAGGCUGUGUUUGUGUCCACACUGUGCUGUGGUGUGAUGUAAUCAGGGUUUGCUCCAUUUGUCUUUAUUCGUUUCUUUUCUCCAGUGGUGAGAGCGUGUUACAUUAGAACUUGCACUCUUUCGUCGCUCUCCUCCUUUCCCUCGCUUUCUCUUGCUCUCAGUAUCCACUCGCUGUGAGCUGAAGUCUAGAUUCGGUGCUGUUAGCCAACCAGUUAAUUGCACACACAGUAAUCUUGACCUCAGCCCCUGCAGUUUGUUGUAUUAUGUGAAGCCAAUGCAGCACCAUUCAGCAAAUUGGAGAGCUUUGAAUGCACAGAGUUGCUAAAUUGCUGUGCUAAGUUACGACAAACCCCAUUAUAACGAAGGCUGCCGUAUGAAUGUGCUGCAUAUGUGGUAUCGGGUGAGCAUCUUUUUCUUUUUUCUUUUCUUUUUUUUUUUUUUAAACCUAAUCUUUAAUUGCUGUAUCUGUAGCAUGCAGUUGAUCAUCACCGGCCACAGUUUCCCUGAAUCUAACAGAAAGGCAGGAAACCUGAGCUCACUUCUAAUUAGGGGUGCAUGCUGAUAAGCCUAUAGAAAUAAAUAUUAUAUUUUCUGUGAUGCUAAUUCAGGUAGUUUCACUUUCUUCAUUUUAUAAAUAUGCAUAUAUGGGGAUUGACAGAUAUAUAAAUAAAAGUAUGAGAUAUUGACAUCAGUCCACAACUCCCAUAUCAGUGCAUUCCUACCAAUACCAAAAGACUAAGGACAGUUGCUGAAAUCAGACUUGGAAUAGAAGUCAGUGGGUAGUUUCGGGAAAUCAGACUUACAAUGGAAGUCAAUGGGCAUUUGCUGAAAACAGACUUAGAACGAAAGUCACUGGGCAUGUAUAAGUGUAUAUAAUUAAAUGAUAUGGUUCAAUAA